AUGUUGUUGCUUGUCAUCGCGGUGGCCCUCGUGGGCUGGACCCUGUACAGCGUCGUCUGUCUGGUGGGCAACAUCCGCCGCAUCCAGAAAAUCGGCAUUCCUUACCACGUCAUUCCUUGCAGUCCAGUCAAUCCGCUCUGGAUCCUGCUCGAGCCCAUCAUCUUCUUUAUUCUCGGUCUCCUCCCGUUUGAAUUCGGUCGCAUCACUCACUAUGGUCGGCGCACCUGGCAGUUUACCGACAAGGCCCAGUCGCAUAUGCGAAUGGGCGAUGCGUGGGCGAUCGCAACCCCCAACGAGGUGUUUGUCUACAUCUGCGACGCGGACGCUAUUACAGACAUCAUCGCGCGUCGCGCAGAUUUCGUGCGCCCGAUUGAGCUCUUCACACUGCUAAAUGUGUUCGGUCCCAAUGUGGCCACGACCGAGGGCGCCGACUGGCAGCGCCACCGCAAGAUCGUCGCCGCUCCUUUUAACGAAAGCCUGAACAGCUUCGUCUGGCGCGAAGCCCUCACCCAGGCGCAGAGCAUGCUCGCCACGCGGACCACAGCUGGAGCCUCUGGAGGCCUGGGAACGGACACACGCACUCUGGCCCUCAAUGUCCUCGCAGCAACCGGUUUCAAGCGGUCCACGCGCUUCCAGAGCGCCCAAGAAGCGCAGUCGGAGGAUCCCCGCUCCUACGCCCAGUCGCUGAAGACCGUCAUGCUCAACACGUUUGUCAUCAUGCUGGUUCCCCCGACCGUGCUCAAACUGCCCUUCUUUCCCAGCUGGUGCCGUAGCGCCGGCCAGGCCGUCGAGGAUUUCAAGCAACACAUGCUCAACAUGUUCAACACGGAGAAAGCGCUCCUCGAUCAAGGCCAGCCAGGCACCGGCACGCUGAUGUCUUCCUUCGUUCGCGAAUCCACCGUCGAUCCCAAGAGCAAUAAGACCGUCCUGACCAUCGACGAGAUCCUGGGCAAUAUCUAUGUGAUCAACUUCGCCGGCCACGACACGACUGCCGGCUCCCUGACCUACGUCCUAUUCUUGCUUGCCGCCUACCCCAAUAUCCAGGACUGGAUCGCGGAGGAGAUCCGGACCGUCUUCCCCAACCCCGACCGCGACACAUGGGAUUAUAAGGAGGCUUUCCCCCGGCUCAAGCGGUGUCUAGCAGUGGUGGUGAGUACGCCCCGGACCAAACUCUGUUCUGGAGACCCCUGUAUUAACUCACCCCCCCCCCCCCCCCCCCACCAGCUCGAAACCGUCCGUCUCUACCCACCUAUCCUCGCCCUACCCAAAUCCGUCGCACCCCCAACCACCAGCCUCCGCCUCCCCGAAAGCAACCGCACCAUCGUCCUCCCCAAGGGCACCGUGGUACUCCCCAGCCUCCUCGCCGCCCAGACACACCCGAAGUACUGGCCCGAUGAGCCCACCACAUGGAAUCCCCGCCGAUGGGUCGAGACCGCCCCGCCGAGCAGCGACGUGACCACACGGGAGGAGCAGCUGGCGCGCGAAGAGAUCAUGGAGGCCCGCGCGGGGGCAUACUUCCCCUGGUCAGCGGGCGUGCAGAACUGUGCGGGCCGCAAGUUCGCGCAGGUGGAGAUCGUGGCGGCCAUGGCGGCGCUGUUCCGCGAGUAUCGUCUGCGGCCGGUGCUGCUGGACGGCGAGGACUUUGAGAAGGCGCAGGCGCGGAUCUUGAAGUCGACCAAUGAUAGCUAUCAGUUGCUGGUUAUGCAGAUGCGCGAUCCAGAUAGUACUCAGUUUGUUUGGGAGCGGGUGGAGUGA